AUGUAACUUAAGUGCCCUUUGUACAGUAACUGUCAAACCAGCCUGAAUUGUUCAUUGACCUCCUCAUCUGAUAGUGCAGAUAAUCGAUUCUAAUAUAAAGCCUGGCAGCACUCUCCGACAUCAGUGCGUUUGCCAGCUGUUCUUCUCGUUAUUUGUUCAACAUGAGGAAAGUACUCUGCAGAGUGUUUGUUAUCAGCCUCAUACUCUUCUUGGUCUGUAACAUCCAGGUUCAGGCUGCUGCUCUCCCGCGAGGUGAUGGAGUUCAGCUGGUAAACCGUGUGAAGAGAUCAAUGAUGUGGCGCUGGAUUACCCAAAGACCAAUCGGAGCCAGCUGCAGAGACCACUCUGAGUGCAGCACCAACUACUGCAAGGAUGACUACUGCUCCAUCCGAGUGUUUUCAUCUUAGUACCUGAAGAAAUGCAGCAUCUCAAACUAGAAAAAGUGGAAGUUCUUCACAUCAACCCGUUAUAGCAUUCUGAGAAUAAUGGCCUUCACGAUCAUCUGUUAAACAAAAUGUGUCUAUCAAUGCGUGUUACUACUAAGCAACAUUAAACCACCAUAGUAUCACCACUUACUCAAGUUCUAGAGUUUCAUAUGCAAUGCCAGCAUGAAUUACAUUUUUUUUAAAACUGCAUUUCAUUUUGGUAUUUCUUAGCAUUCAUUUUAAUCUAAUUGCAAAUCUUGCAGCAUUGCUGAGCAGAAGCAGCGCAUGAUCUAAGGAAAGUAAUCCAAAUUCAUCUAUUCAAUUUAGGUUUAAACACUUUAUUUUCCAUACAUAUGGUACUUCAUAUGGACAGAAUACUAGACAGAGUGUUUUGGGGGCUCGCUGAUUAUUUUGUCCAUCCUCAUUUCGUGGAACACAUUCCAAGAACAUUCAUGGGAGUAUCCUCUAUAUAUUAAUGCUUUAUUUAUUUUUAAUUACAUGGUUAUGACAGAAAUGCCAUAUAAUUAUUAAUAAAGAUUAUAUAACCCAAAAACUAAAGUGAGACUAGCAUGUAUUUUAGAGCUAUCCAUAGAACUAAACUAAUCUUGCUAAACAAGACAUUGUUGUAUAUGCGUUUUAAAUAUGUAAACCAAAAAAAGAAAAAAAAAAAAAAGUGGACUUCGUAGCUAAUGGGUUUACUAUAUUAGUAAAUAGAGCUUUUGCUUAAAGGUAAUCUGAAACCAGUGUACUGAGAUAUAGAUAUAUCUCUCUCUCUCUAUUAUAUAUUAAAGCUUACUUUGCACAUAACAAGCUAAAAUGUUGUAGGUUAUAGAUAAUGUGUUAAUA